GUUUGCGAUCGCUUCUCCGAAUUCUGUCGUCCCAUUAAAAAUGUCGGACUCUCCGAUGCCACCGAAUCCACACGUGUUCCUCGACGUGCGAAUCGGCGAAGAAUUCGUGGGGCGCAUAGUGAUCGAACUUUUUCGUCAAAUCCAACCACAGACUGCAGAGAACUUUCGAGCCUUGUGUACCGGAGAGAAAGGGUUGGGAGUCAGCAGAGCGCCUCUCCACUACAAAGGAUGCAGGUUUCACAAAAUCAUGCCAAAAUUCAUGGUCCAAGGUGGGGACAUAACAAACAAAAAUGGAACCGGAGGAGAAAGCAUCUACGGCCAAUUUUUUCCCGAUGAAGACCUUUCAAUAAGACAUGACCGCCCGGGACUCGUGGGCAUGGCCAACAGUGGGCCAAAUACAAAUGGCUCACAGUUUUAUAUUAUAACUGUGCCCACACCCCACCUUGAUGGCAAGCACGUCAUCUUUGGCCAGGUUGUCAAAGGCAUGGGUGUGGUCUCGGUGCUCGAGUACGUUCGCACCAAUGACCAGGACGCUCCUGUUGAGGAAUGCAUAAUUGAGAACUGCGGUGAGAUACCUCCUGGAGGUGACUUUGGAAUUUGUGAGCAGGACAACACUGAGGAUGUUUUUCCUCCUUUUCCCGAUGACUCAGACCUUGACUUUAGCAACAUUGAGCACAUAAUGUGUGUAGCUGAAAAAAUUCGGCAGUCGGGUAACCGCUACUUUCGGAAAGAAGAAUAUGUUUCAGCGAAUGCCAAGUACAAGAAAGCUUUGAGGUAUCUCAACAGGUUACACGAGGUGAACGACCUCUCCAAAGAGCAGGAAAGCAGGAUAGCCAGCGUGGUGUUGCCUUGCAUUCUUAACAGUGCUGCGUCCAAGCUGAAGUUGAAGAGGUACCACCAGGCUUUGGAUGACUGCGAUGAGGCCCUCGACCUUGAACCAAGACACCCCAAGGCACUCUUCCGGAGGGGCCAGGCUUUCCAUGGCAUGCGAGAGUACGAGAAAAGCAUGGUGAACCUACAACAAGCACUCUCCCUCUCUCCCAACAAUAAAGCAAUACUUUCAGAGAUUGCAGCUGUCAAAGGCGAAAUGCAAGCCUACAAGGCAAAGGAGCGCAAGGCCUAUGCAAAACUUUUCAACUGAGCUCUUGGAAUGGGGUCCAUCAUCUACAUAGUUUCACUGUCGGGCUGCUGUGCCCUGUUAGAGCUUGGACAGCUCAUCCACAUCAGAAGCGCUGGUGCACACCUUAACAAGCUUUGUGCACGCUUCACCUGAAGGCGACACCAGUGGGCUGUGGCCAGUUUACUUUGAUUAGCUCAAACCUAAAGUGCGCAGGCAGCGAUGGACUUGUGCUGUCAACUAUUGCCUUGUGUUUUUUAGAAAGGCAUUUACAAUGGCAGCCUAUUUCCUUUGCUGCAAGUUAGGGUAAAGUGACCACACCUCCUAAAUCUGUAUAAAGUGAUCCUAAACCACCUCCCGAGGACACAUCAGAGAGAGCUAGAAGGUUGCACAAUGUUACCGUUUUGUGACGUAACAUAUGACACUCGACUCCUGUUUUAUCUAGUUUUCGUGCCAACAGGGCCGAGAGCAGAUGAAUUCUGAGGAAUGCUGGCAGAUAGUAAUACUCCUGAAGGAGUGUGAAAUGCACAAGAACAGCGGAGGACAGUAUUCAAAAAAAAGGUUGCGUACUUAACUGUUCAACUGCAGUUUUUGUACAAUUUUUAUUUCGGCAGACGUGUACAAUAUGAGAUGUGGCACUUCAUAGUGUGAAUCAUUUUUGUUCAUACACAUGAAGUGCGUUUGUGCAGCCAAUACAAAUACAGCAGCAUUGUAUUGCAGGCACAUUUAUUUUCACCCAAUGCGAAUGCAACAUGGCAUGAAAGCUCCUGGUGCACAAAUCAUCGUGUGGAGGCUGUGCAAAUGACUUCACUUCGCACCCACUACUAUAUGGAAAACAAUUUAUCUUGCUGGAAAGCCAGCUAGCAAUACUGUAACAGUACGUAGAACAACUGAUAUCGCUCCCUGCUGUUGCUGGCUGCAGCAGUAGGAGGUUUUACACCUUGGGUGUCACUUGUGCUGCAGUUGUAUUGGCCGUACUAGUUCUUUUCAAAGCUGGCUUGUAUUUUUUUACGAGUUCUUGCACACAAGAGAUGCAGUGGAGAAUGUACAUUUUAGCACAAGCUGAAUAGGGGAGAAAUUUGCUGAUGCUGCAUGCCAAGUACUGCUGUUAAAGAAGUCACAGGACAGGGAGUUGUUGGACAUUGUGAAAAGAAGUCACCAUUUUAAGGGUCACUCCUAGCCACCACUUUGCACAUUUUUUUGCUUUUUGUGUGAUGCGGCAUUUUUUGCAAAUUUUCUAAAUGAAGGAUUCUGUUUGUAGUCUUGAACCGUGACAAACUUGCCUUCACAGUAUCUUAAAUCAGUAACGUGGCAGUGCUCUGAGGUGGUGAGACAUGAAAGUUGACAAAAGUUGUCCAGUCACUUCAUUAAAACACUUCUCCCCCAUCUAUUUGUUUCACAUUGCUUUUUUUUUUAUUCCACCCACUUCUGGCACAUUACGUACUAGAACCUGUACACAAAUGCAUGUACAUACUUUUUAUGGGUGCCAUGUAUGCUUGUCAGCCCAUUUCUGUACAUACCAUAACACAAUGUGAUGAGACAUUUGGGUUUUUGUGCUGAAGAGGUGUCUGGAGCGUUGUCUUUGCUAGUGCUGACUGUAUGAGAGAGUCUUGUAAAAAUACACUGGCUGUGAAUUA